CAAAAAAAUAGCAUCAUGGGUGAAGAAGUGAAGGUUUUUGGAGCUUGGGGAAGUCCUUUUAGCCGCAGGGUAGAGCUUGCUUUGCGGUUGAAAGGGGUUCCAUAUGAAUACAUAGAAGAAGAUAUCGUUGGGAACAAGAGCGCUUUGCUUCUGCAAUACAAUCCGGUUCAUAAGAAAAUUCCAGUUCUCCUCCAUAAUGGGAAACCAAUUGCAGAGUCGCUUGUUAUACUUGAAUACAUCGACGAAACUUGGAAAUCCAAUCCCAUAUUUCCAGAGGAUCCUUAUGAUAAAGCCAUGGCUCGAUUCUGGACUAAGUUCGUCGAUGACAAGUGCAUUCCCGCCCUUUGGAAAGCUGCAUGGAGCGCUGAGAAUGAGCGAGAAAAGGCGGUGGAAGAAGCUUACGAGUGUCUGAAAACGCUUGAAACUGCAUUGGAUGGGAAGAGAUUCUUCGGCGGAGAUGUUAUUGGAAUGGUAGACAUUGCUGCUAACUUCGUCGGCUUUUGGCUGAGUAUCAUUCAAGAAGCGACCGGAGUGGAGCUGUUGUCGGCUGACAAAUUCCCCGACUUGUUUAAAUGGACAGAAGAAUUCAUAGGUUGCAACAUCGUUAAGGAAAAUUUGCCUCCCAGAGACAAACUAUUGGCCCUUUUCAAAGCUCGCUUUGCUCAAGUUAUGGAACCGCAAACUAAUACCUCCAAAUGAGCGUUUCCACGAUGAUUGUUGCAUGUAUUUCUCUUCGUUACAUCAGUUGGUUUUGUUUGUAAUCUUCCAAGAUUACACGUUGUCAAGUCAAGAAUAAAUUAACAACUUCUUAAAUUAAA